AGUUUUGACACUAUUUUUCGCACAAUUGAAUCGCAGGUCCACGGAAUGGAAUCGACAAAGGCACCGGUUGCACCGGCGCUGACCCUGGAGGAGAAGGCAUGGUUCGAGCAGCGAAAGAAAGAUCUCCAGCAGUAUAGUUCCAUCGGUGCUGCGACUGGCGCUGUCGUCAGCGCAGCCAUUACAUUUGUUGGCCCCUUCCCUCGACGCUACCAGAUAGCUACCAUCUUGGGGUCAUCGCUUAUCGGCAGUCUGUCAGGAUAUUUGUGGGCAGACACGAAAUCUCUUGAAAGGAUCAACGACUUGAGUGCGACGUCGCAGUUGAGAAAGCAACUGACCAAGAUUCAGCAAACGAAGAAGGCGGCAGAGGCAGCAACGGCGGCGGCCAAAGCGUCGUAGCCCUUCGAAAUGUCCUCAUUGCCCCUCAAAAUGUCCUCUUUCUCGUCGGGGUAGCCCGUGGAGCCAUUCAACGCCGGACGCUGGAUAAAAUUGGGUAGUGAAAUGAAAUUUCCAUUACAUGCA